UGAUGAACAGGUAUAAGCUUCUAGCUUAGUUUUCAUUUUGUCUCCCUGGGGCGUGCACCUGAGACGGCUUUAGCUCCCAAAAUUGGAGGAUGAACCUCGAGUUUCUGUCGCUUCCAUCCCGCACAAUCACAAGGUUUGCUCCUAUUGAAACCGGAAGAACUGCUGGAUGGGCACCGUUCAAAACCCCAAAUUCGCUCAUUUGUUCGUCAAAGACUCGAAGUAUGGGCAGACUUUUGUGUUUUAGCGCUCAAAACAGAGACUUUAGAGAAAUCUCUGGAAGGGUUGGUGAUGGGGACGGAGUGAUUAUUGUGGAUCACGGGUCGCGUCGUAAAGAAUCCAAUUUAAUGCUUAAUGAAUUUGUGGAGAUGUUUAAACAUAAAACUGGAUACGAGAUUGUGGAGCCUGCUCAUAUGGAAUUGGCAGAACCAUCAAUAGCAGGUGCCUUCAAGUCUUGCAUUCAGCAAGGUGCACGCCGUAUUAUUGUUAGUCCUUUUUUCCUCUUUCCUGGUAGGCAUUGGCAUCAGGAUAUUCCUUCCUUAACAGCAGAAGCAGCGAAGGAUCACCCAGGUGUGUCAUAUAUUAUAACAGCGCCCCUUGGACUUCAUCAGUUACUCGUGGAUGUUGUAGAUGAUAGGAUCAAGCAUUGCUUAAGGCAUGUAGCUGGAGAUGCAGAUGAGUGUUCAAUUUGUGCUGGGACUGGCAAAUGCAGGCUAUAUUGAUUCAUAAAACUUGCUUGUAUGGGAUGCUCUUGAUGUGAAGGCAGAUGAAUCUGAGUCGAUGGAAUCUAUGAAUUGAGACAUAAAUUGCACAGAGCAAUUGCAACUUUCUGUAGCCUUGAUUUUGAGGGAGGUUGUGUUCGUGAUGAUAUAUUCUUCUAUCAUAAUCUGCUGCUGGAGUUGAAGUUUAAUGGGUCCAGCCUUGCUGAUGUCAUGGAUUUUUAGUAAAAUUAAUGGAUUGAAUAUCAUAAUUUACUUUGGCGUGUGAAAUUGAUGGUUUAUGACUGCUCUAGUCUAGUCUCCUUAUUUGCACAUCCAUGCUUUUGUAAUGGUGCUGGAAUUCUGUAAUAAGAAUUGAGAUUGUGUAAUAACCAACACCUCCACCAGAUUUCUUUAUAUGUUAUACACAUUCAUUUUUGGUUGUUCAUAAUUUUUUA